UUUGGUUCCGAUGUGUCACACAAACGACAUUAAAAACCGAUUCACUAAUUGAUUGACAGCUCAUAUUACCAUGGUUCGUACGAACACUCGCUGACGUUGCAGUACACUCAAGUCUUGCCAUAUGCAUUAUUUGUAUCGGUUAUAGAAUUCAUUUCAUCAAUUUAAUUAAUUCUGAUAUAAAGUGAAUGGGCAUUUAUUUAUUAGCCAAUAUAUUUUUUGACAUCCAGUAAAUGUUCCCUAAUUAAAACAUCGUCGUUAAAAGUUUGUGAAUCUACCAUUCAAGCAAAUAACUUUUACGAGAAACUUGCUUUGAAUAUGAAAAUCUUAGAUUCUUAAAUUUAGAUCUAUUAUAACCAGCGUGAGAGUGUUCUUUGAAUGGGAGUGUAAUCCAGAGAAAUUUGAAUAUCAUUUAGACCGUUAAAAACACCCUUGAACACUAACAAAUUUAAUUCUUUCACACAAAGCUCCAAAAAAGCUAAUUUGAUUUCAUUUUUUUCGCCCAAAAUGUGUGACUGAUAAAUCAGAAUAGAAGUAAGUGAAGUCUUGAAGAUUUUAAGGCAAUUACUAUGAUUUCAUUGGUUUGCAAUUCCACUUAAAUUUGUAUGGAAAUUUAAAUUUAUGAACUCAAGUAAACCCCUUCUUUUCCUUUUACAUAUUAAAUGCGAUCAGGCUCAUUUUAUGAUUAAAAUCAUUAAAAAUGUUCUUCUUUUAUUCACCAUUGUUUUAUAUAUUUCAAACGAUAUAAUUUCAAAUGGAACGGUUGAGAGAUGUUUUCCUAACUGGAAUUAAAAUCACGUUCGCUUGACUUCUUGACUUCUUCUUGUAACAAAUGUUCAAUAUAAUAAAUUUUGUUUAUAAAGAAAGCAUAUUCAAGUUUUUCCAAUUGAGGCUGGGAUCAUAUCCUUGAAUUGAAUAAGGCAAACGUGCAGCACCAAUUUAUAUGAAUAUACGCUGAACGCAAAAUGUUGCGUGAAUGUUGCUAAACAUUUUCUCCUUCGUAACCUGCAAAGUGAAAAUUCUUCGCAUCAAUUCCAAUACUCCAGCUGUCAUUGACAGUUGAUGGUCUGAUUGUCAACAAAGUUUGGCGCGUCAAGAGUGCCCUAACAGCUUUCGCUAAGAUCUCGGAUUGAUAUUAUUUGGCGCCCAUUUCAUUAGAUAUUGUUUCCGGAAGUGAUAUUAUUGGUCUAGAUUAGUGAAGCUUGCCCAUUUGUAUUAGUGAUAUGCGUACCAAAAGGAAAGCUCCGAAGAGAGUUCAGCGAAAGUCGAAAAGGGAUGUCCUGAAAUUCAAUAGUGAAAAGUACGAGGCAUCCCUGCGAUGCGUGCAGUGGGUUAUGAGCCAAAAGGCUCCACGACAACCGCGAGGAGUUAAUCAGGAUUUGACGGAGAAUACGGAAGAAGUUGUAGCCGAUAGUGCGACGUCCUUAUCAUUUUUGAAAAGCCGAAAUGCAAACACAAAGUGUAGCGUUUACUUUUCUUGUGAGUGGAAGCAAUGCUCAGAAGAAUUCGAAAAAGAGGAUAAAUUGUGUGAUCAUGUCGUAAAGCAUAUUGUCGAGCUUAAACCAAUCGCAGACAAAUACUGCUGCGAAUGGGAUUUGUGUUAUUUCGAAACCACUUGCAAUGAAGAAAUAACUCGCCAUAUACACUACCAUGCAUAUCACACUGUUCUGAAGACAUUCGGCGAGAGCAUCUGCCAAACAGGAAACAUUCCACGAUGUACAAACGACUCCCGAAAUCGUAACGACGUUCCUGAAUUGAAGAAUGAUUUUGUGUGUGAGUGGGAAAACUGUGCGAGGACGUUUAAAUCGAUCUUUGCAUUUCAUCAACAUGUCAAAUUGCAUUGUACUUUUGAAUAUGAACUUCAGGCGCUAGAACGUGAAAAGAAGAGUCAAAUGUUCGAGUGCAAAUGGGAGGGAUGCGAAUCGAAAUUCAAUGUAGUUUAUCGUUUGUCAGAACAUGUCCGGAAACAUACAAACGAGAAGAUAGUUGGUUGCUACCAUUGUGGAGGCAUAUUUCGCAGUAAUACGAUUCUGUUUAACCAUUGCAAACGGCAACUUGCCAAUAACACACAGGAAUAUCAAUGCGCAGAAUGCUUUAAAUAUUUUGCUUCGGAGCGACUACUUCGUCAACAUGUCGUUGUCCAUGUGAAUCGUUUGAAAUGCACCAUGUGUAAUAUGACGUGUAACAAUCUGUACAGCUUAUCUAAACAUAUAAGAUACCGACAUCUGAACGAAAGACCUUUCGGAUGUACCUUUUGUGAUCGGGGGUUCGUUUGUAAAGCUGACUUGAGUAAACACAUAGAACGGAUACAUGAGAAAAAAGUAUAUGAAUGCGCAGAAGCAGGAUGCGAUUUUUCAUGCAAAGCACUAUUCCUCCUCAAAAGGCAUGACGCGGAAGUUCAUGGUAACAGUCCGGCAAUUUACGCAUGUCAUUGCUGUGAAAAAAUGUAUAAAACCGGAAAGACACUCUCGAAACACUUGAUUAGGGUGCACGGUUUUCAGCUGCCACCGGGUCACAGUCGAUUCUGGUAUCGAAUAGACGAGAACGGAUUGUACAGGUUACAGACAAUGAGGAUUGAAAGCUUGGAAGUAACCAAACAAAUCUUAUCACCAACAGCUUCAAGACCAUUUUCAGACGACGAACAAAAAGGAGAAGAGAUUACAGACAAAGGAGUUUUAGUUGAAAACUGCAUAGACUUAUCGUUAGCAAAAAAUAAUGUCGCUAACAAUAUACUUGUUACAAUUAGUGAUGUUGAUGAAGAAGGAAAUAUAGUAGGAACAAAAUUUGUUAAUGCGAGUGAAAUUAAGCUGGGUUGAGAAAUAAAGUAAAUUAAAAACAGAAAA